AUCAGGAGAAUGGUCUGCAGUCUGGAACACAUCCCUUCAUUUGCAUCCGUGGGCGCCGAUAUCAGUGACGCAAGGAGGCUGUGAUCUUCCCUAUCAAGGCGCCUACUAGUUUGCUAGAAAUCGGCAUGUUGGACAAACAUAUCUUGCGGAUAUUUCCUUCAUCUCAUUUUUAGACACCAAAUUUCGUUUUCAAGCCAUUUCCUGCGUCUUCUGGGUCUCUUAUUAGCAGAUUCUGGAGGUUAAAGUUGGUUUGAUGGAGUAAGGGGCCCUGAUGACUACACUGCUGCAAAGAGUCAUUAUUGGCAAAACCCCCAAUGCGCUGCGAUAAAGAAAUUUAGCUACCCCACGGCGAAUCCAAAGGUCGGACCGAAGCGUCACAAGGGCGCAAGGAACGCUCAAAUACAUUACUACGGUGUACAUAUAAGCUUUCAGCUAUCCAGGCGAUCCCUACAUACUAAGCACUAGGCACCAUGAGUUCUGCUCCCAUCAUUGAGUACCGACAACUAGGUAAAUCUGGUCUCCGCGUUUCUGUGCCAAUUAUCGGUGCCAUGAGCUACGGUGACUCAAGGUGGAGUCCUUGGGUCCUCGACGCAGCUAGUGCCAUUCCCAUUCUCAAAGCAGCGUGGGACCUCGGAAUCAACACGAUUGACACAGCUAAUGGCUAUUCGAACGGCGCGUCAGAACGUGUUAUUGCCAAGUUCAUCAAAGAGUUCAAGAUACCUCGAAAUCAAAUUGUCAUUGCAACCAAAUGCUAUGGUCUUGUCCUAUCUGACCCCACAAAGCGAUCCGUCAAUUUCCCCGGACUCGACAAGUUACCUGAAUAUGUGAAUCAAUCAGGGCUUUCUCGUACAGCUAUUUUCAAUGCAGUCAACGCAUCCUUGACUCGACUCGAAACUUCGUACAUCGAUCUCCUCCAAAUCCAUCGUUUUGACUCAAAAGUGCCUCCUGAGGAGAUAAUGAAAGCACUCCAUGAUCUCGUUCAGAGUGGUAAAGUGCGGUACAUAGGUGCUAGCUCAAUGCGCUGCUGGCAGUUUGCUCUCUUAAACGAAGUCGCGGAUAAAAAUGGCUGGACCAAAUUUGUCAGCAUGCAAAACGAGUAUUCCCUACUGUAUCGUGAAGAGGAACGUGAGAUGUUGGCAUACUGCAAGUAUCAUGGUAUUGGUGUGAUCCCUUGGGCACCUCUGGCCGCCGGGCUUCUGGCACGUCCGAUCGGGACAGAGACCACUCGCGCUGUCUCUCGCGUAGGAACUAGUUCCGAGUUUAAGAAUUCAGAAGCUGACAAGAUCAUAAUCUCUCGCGUGGAGGAAAUAGCUAAAGCGAAGGGAUGGAAAAUGGGUCAGGUUGCACUGACGUGGGCUGGUUCAAAAAUUACCAGCCCCAUUGUCGGCAUCAACUCUAUUGAGAGGCUUAAAGAGAGCAUUGUCACUGGGUACGAGUUGACGCCAGAGGAAGCAAGGUCCCUGGAAGAACCGUAUGAACCCAAGCCAGUACGCGGUCAUGCGUGAGGGGUGGAUGGAGAGUGUUGCUUGAGCAGUAGAACAUCAAAAUACUGGAUUUAUGAUGUUCCCAUUUGUAUCCUUCAAAUGUAAGCACUUUCAUACAAACAAUCUACUAUGU